UUGUCGGGAAAGGAAUAGUUUUAUAUGCAUAUCGACAACAGGUGGCUAGUGUGCAAAUCAGCCAAGCAUAACCGUGUCACACGCGAAUAGCAAGUUAUGUUUCGAAUCAAUUAUCUUGGUGUUUUUCGCGGUUUUUGUUUUACACACAGUUAAAAUAAUAUUUUAUGGCGUGAUUACGAUGCUGUCAUAAUUAAAUCAAUGUACUUGUAAUUUCGUGAUAGUCGCGGAGACUACGUAUUCUUGGAGCAUUUUCUGUAACCGGUAUUUAUUGUGAAUAUCAGUGUUAAUAUCUACAAAUAGAUUAUUCAAGUACUCGAAUAAACACUGAUAGUUAAUUUUUAAUUUGACAGUUUGUGAGUUAAUAUUUAAAAUGAAGUUGAACUUAAAUUUAAUGAUUUAUAGGCCUAAUUGUUAAGUGGAGAAUUGUUUAUGAAUUUUCUAAAAAGUAUUUUGAGAAUGAUAUCAGUUUCUGGGACUACAUAAUUAUCAUUCCUUGAUUAAGUUUGAUUUUGAGCAUUCAUAUGCCUACCAACAGUUCCAUCUGAGAAAUAGGAUUGACAUUAUGUGCAUACAUUAUUAUUAAAUGUAUGUAAUAUGUAGGCCUAUGUCACAGACCUGACACUCGAAAAGCAAAUAAAUUUAUAGGAGAAAAGGAAUUCAACCGAAAACAUCCAUUAAAUUGCCACAGUGUAUCAGACUGAUUGUCAGGAGACGCCUGAGUUAGUUGAAUUUUAAAUGGAAUCUGACAAUGUCCGAUAGAGGAAGCCCAAUCAGAAGUGUACCAAACAGUGAGUCGAGUACACCGGACGAGACAUCACAUGCCUGGAUGGAGUGGCAGCAACAACUGAAGGCUUAUGUGGACUGGCUGAACUCGCAGUUAAAGAAAAAACCUGGAGCUAGACUCGUGGAAGAUCUCCGCAAUGACGUCAAAGAUGGCGUGGCUCUUAUCGAACUCAUUGAAGUUGUUGCGGGAGAAAAGUUGGCGGGAUUUCACGAAUCUCCGUCGAACCAGUCGGAAAUGAAGGAAAACAUCGAGCGAGUCAUUCAGUUCAUGGCCACCAACCGAAUCAGAAUGCAUCACAUCAGCGCUAAAGAUAUUGUUGAAGGCAAUCUGAAGGCCAUCAUGCGUUUGAUACUGGCACUAGCGGCCCACUUCAAACCCAAGAGCGUCAAACAUUCUGCCCACCAACAGAUUCGAGCGGAACGAAACGCAAACAUCUCGGGAAUAGCGCAGGGAGCAUCGGCUGCUUUGGCAGAUGCACGACGUCACGCUUCAAGGGCCGGGAAUCGGUUUCGCCGGAAUCGAGACGCAGCUGUCAGUCAGAGAAGGGAACAAAUAAGUCCUGAGUACAAAGCAGUGGCUGCGAAAGUAUACCAGGAGAGCAGUUCAGACCAGUUUUCCGACUCGGACCAGCCGUACACGAGCCAGACGACAUACGGCGGCGGGCGCAACCGCAGUCGGCAGAGUCGUGAGCGGCGGGAGCUGGAGGGGGCAAGCGGUGCCAGCCCUGCCAGCCCCGCCGGCCAGAGGCGGAGUCCGAGAACAGCCCUCAGUUACACGUCCGAGUCAUCUGACGUCGUGACGCCCCCGCCCAGGAGCAAAUCCACCGACUCUAUGUCAAAAGACUUCCAUAAUACGACAGUGGAGAUGGGGCAUCAGGAAGAGGCUGAUUUGGAAGAGCUAACGGCGAAUGUCAAGGAAACGAGAACAGAACUAUUCCGACUGCAGGAAUUGUUACUGUGUGGUGAACAGUUUGAUGGUCAAUUGAGUUUUAAUGAAGUUUUUGAAGGCGAUACACCAUGUGAGAAAAUAGUUGUAUUAAGAAGCCGGUUACAGCUGAUGUCAAAAGUGUCGAACGACCUGCGCGAAGAUCUUUCCAGAACGAAAAAUGAAUGUCUGCAGUUAGAGGGAACAAAGGCUGGUCUACAGCAGAGACUGAUAGAACAAGACACUCAGAUUAGUGAGCUCAAGUCGAAGUUAUUGAAGAGAGACUUUGAAAGGGAAAAUUUUCUAGCAGAAAAGGCAGCUCUCGUACAACAGUUUAAGGAAAAAGAUAAACUGAUUGCAGACCUCAGGCGAGAUUUGUCGAAACGUGACGAGAAGUUGGACCAGCUGCAUCACGACAUGCGCACGCAGUUACAGGAGAAAGAUCAAUCCAACCAGAAUCUGAAGUCAAGAAUCAUCGAACUUCACAAUAAACUUAGAGUCGUGGGGGAAACCGGGGAUUCUCUAUCAUUGCGAGUCGAAUCACAGGACAAGAAAAUGGCCAAGCUGGCGGGUCGUAUCUUUAAGUCACCGCCUGACGAGAACAAACAUUCUACAAACAAAAGCCAGAGUGCCGACGAGCUUCAGAUGAUCCGUGACUCUCUACAGAGCCUGCGCGUGCACAUGUUGACCUCUGACCCCCAGCAUCACGUGGUCGACAACCUCGAACACAGCAUUGCCCUCCUCCUACAGAGCAAACGUGCCAGCGCUGCACAGACGCCAGUCAACCAAUCACAGAAACCUCGAAGCUGUUCUCCGAAACGUCUUAAUUUUGAAGCUUCAAGCUCCUCGACUGUUAGAAAACCACAAUCAACACCAGCAGGUUUUGGAUUUGCAUUGAAUGAACUGAACAAUCCUCCAACAAACGGUCAGCUAUGUACUAAAGUGUUGUACUUCACAGAGCAGGCCGUCACACCGUUCAUGGGCACUAUACACAAGAGGUUAGGGGAGAUAACUCUAAAAGACUUAAAAAGCAUGUUCGACAGACCCGGGGCCUACAAAUACCACUUCAAGGCCCUCGACCCGGAAUACGGAACAGUGAAGGAGGAGCUACAUUAUGACGAUGAUGUCAUUCCGGGCUGGGAGGGUAAAAUAGUGGCCUGGAUCGAGGAAAUACACGGGACGCCGUGUUGACGGUUGCCUUGGUGACCCGUUUGUUCGCAAAGUAAAAAUAGGAGGAUCUUGUGUCUCAUCUGGAAGUGCGGAUUAGUGGAGGAAAUGGAACGUGAUGUCAGGGUUUACCAGUCACGGAGGUUUUCAUAGAUAGUCUUUUUUUAUAUUUAUUGCAAGAAGGCUGAAUGAUGCUGUUAAUCCUUUGGGUGUCCAGCUAGUUUGUGCUUCGUUGUUCAGCAUCCUUGAUUAAUUACUCUCAUGUUCCAGAUAUUGUGAUAGCCAACUGCAUGCAGUGUUGUUACGAGAAGAUAUGGAAUAGAUUACAAGACCGCACAUGAUAAUGUGAACUGUAACCUCUGUGUGGAUGCACUGGUCAAGAGGAAACGCUUCCAAUACAAACACAUCAUGGCUGUAGCUUUGCUUAUAAGCAACUUUAAUUCGUCUCGCUGCAACAUUUUAAUAAGUGUUGUUUUAGCUUCAAGUGAACAUUAUUGAUUUUGUCUAUUUCGAAAGGCCACAGAUGUUUAGCACAGAAAUGGAAGUCUUUUUUAGUUGAGACAUCACAUGUAACAGAUGAUGAUGUGGAUGGUGAUGAUGUGGAUGGUGAUGAUGUGGAUGGUGAUGAUGUGGAUUAGGAAAAUUGCCUGUUUCGUAUGGAAAUACAUGACACGUCUUUGAAGUACUAUGCUGGUCAGUUGAGUUGUCUCAGCAUUUCAGAAACUCAGGACAUUGCGGUAUGUUGAUGAGGAAUGAUAAAAAUCAGAAUCUCCUGUUUUGUAUGGGACUACAUGAUAAGUCUGUGAUCUACGCUGGUCAGUUUAGCCGCUUCAGUAUGACAGAAACCCAGAACAUGACAGGAUGAGGAUGAGGAAAAUAAAGAUCACAAUCUCCUGUUUGAUAUGCUGGUCAGUUGAGCUGUCUCAGUAUAUAACAGAAAUCCAGGACAUGGCAUGAUGAUAAAGAAGAUCACAGUCUCCUGUUUGAUAUGCUGGUCAGUUGAGCUGUCUCAGUAUAUAACAGAAAUCCAGGACAUGGCAUGAUGAUGAAGAAGAUCACAGUCUCCUGUUUGAUAUGCUGGUCAGUUGAGCUGUCUCAGUAUAUAACAGAAAUCCAGGACAUGGCAUGAUGAUGAAGAAGAUCACAGUCUCCUGUUUGAUAUGCUGGUCAGUUGAGCUGUCUCAGUAUAUAACAGAAAUCCAGGACAUGGCAUGAUGAUGAAGAAGAUCACAGUCUCCUGUUUGAUAUGCUGGUCAGUUGAGCUGUCUCAGUAUAUAACAGAAAUCCAGGACAUGGCAUGAUGAUGAAGAAGAUCACAGUCUCCUGUUUGAUAUGCUGGUCAGUUGAGUUGUCUCAGUAUAUAACAGAAAUCCAGGACAUGGCAUGAUGAUGAUGAAGAAGAUCAUCGUCUCCUGUUUGAUAUGCUGGUCAGUUGAGCUGUCUCAGUAUAUAACAGAAAUCCAGGACAUGGCAUGAUGAUGAAGAAGAUCAUCGUCUCCUGUUUGAUAUGCUGGUCAGUUGAGCUGUCUCAGUAUAUAACAGAAAUCCAGGACAUGGCAUGAUGAUGAAGAAGAUCACAGUCUCCUGUUUGAUAUGCUGGUUAAUUGAGCUGUCUCAGUAUAACAUGGUGUGAUAUAGCUCGGUGAUGGAGUCCUUGCUCUGAAGUGUUCUACAGUAGAUCUAUGUGCUGUAAUGUUUGGCCACUCUGGCUGACACCACUGCCUAUCUUUGAUGUUUACAGUUGUACGUACACCUCACUAUGGUCGGUAGACACAGCUGCCUACUUUCCUCAGACGGACUUCUCCAAUGGGUGGGGAUGAUCUAACUUAGUCAGUAGAUGCUUACCGGAGGUGCUUGCGUUGUAGGAUUGAACCGCCUCUGACUGGUUUUUCCUCCAUCCCAACUAGUGUCCCACGACUACUGGUAUAGUAAAGUUUGAGGUCGUCGUGCAUUUUAAUUAAAUCUUUGAAAACCUUACCUCGUGUAUACAGGACUGCUUGGCUUGUAAACUACACCUUACCUAGAGACCUUGCAAAUCUGCGUACCAUUAUUAACCAGUUUAAAUUAUCACAUGGGUUUACAGUGUUCGGGAUUAAACAUUUUGGGCAGUAUCCCAGUUGGAUACUAACAUUUCAAAAUCUGGUAACCCACCUGAGAAUUUAGUAUCCCACUUGAAUGAAAUUCAUAAAUAACAUCAUAACAAACUUAGACGACAAUGUCCUCGUUCCCAGUCUAUUGCUACGUCACAAUCAAAAUCACGGAAUUUGUGAUAUUAGCAAUCAAACGGAAUUAGCAAAAAGAUUUGCUGCAUUUAUUUUUGAGUAAUUAAGUAUUUCGGACAUUACUAAUGAUAAACCUACCUGUAUCAAUUUUCUGCAGAUGUGGAAUUGAUACCUCAAAUAAAAUUUGAAGUAGGAAAACAUCCAACAAAAACAAUAGUGACUUGGUGAUUCCCAGUUUAUUGUUACACCGCUAUUGCUCCGGUGUAGCAUUAGACUGGGUACAAGUUGGGGGGGGGGGGUUUAUUGUUAUGGCAUAGCAUUAGACUGGGUACGAGCUCGAAAACACUUUUACUUAACUUACCAGAAAAUGACGACUUGCAUGUUUUUUUUAUGAAAACUAAAAACCAACAACAUUAUAUGGCAUCCCGUUGGGAUACUGGGUUCUUGAAGUCUGGUAUCCAAAAUUAAAUUAUGGGAUAUCGGGAUACCGUCAAUCUCGAACACUGGUUUAUGACAUGGAUAUCAUGGGUAAGUUAUAUGAUAAAAUUAAGUAUGUCAUAAAUUGAACACGGUUGCUUAAAUAUUUGAAGUAUGGGUGUUUUUUUGUUUUUUUUAAUAUACCUAGUGAAAGUUGAAAAGUAUACUUACUAUACUGUGUAAAGGUUUACCUGAUUAAAGCCAUUAUAUUGUGGAACUAAUGGGUUAAUUGGUUAACCAGGCCUUGUUCUGUUGCCUUACUUGUGAAGUAACUAUUAUUAAUAAAACCACAAACUUUAGGUGUUUUUUUUUUUUACCAUUUUUAUGCAAAUGAAUAUUUUUGUUGUACACCACCGUUAUUUUUGCCAAUAUUUGAGUGUAGUUACAGUGUGAGAAUAAAUUCUGUUCUAAAUGUCACUAUGGUAUCACUUUGUCACUUCAGAGUCGGGAUGUAGCCUAGUGGUAAAGCGCUCGCCUGAUGCGCGGUAGGUCUUGGAUCGAUUCCCAUCGGAGAGUCCAUUGGGCUGUUUUGCAUUCCAGCCAGUGCAUGACUGUUAUACCAAAGGCUGUGGUAUGUGCCAUUAUUAUCUGUGGGAUGGUGCAUAUCAGAAAUCCCUUGAUCCAUCUCGCAGACAAGAUAGCACAUACCACAUCCUUCGAUAGACCAGUUGUGGUGCCACGGAUGGAACAAGAAAUAGCUCAAUAGGCCCACUGAGGGGAUCGAUCGUAGACGGACGACCGCGUAUCAUUUCGUGAGAUCUGGAUCUACAAGUCCAAGUAGUAAUGGCAUUUAAAAUGGUGGUGUGCUGUCUUGUCGGAUUGUAUUUAUAUGUACGUGUGUAUUAUACAUUACUGUCUCCACCUGUGAUCUGUCGAUGAAUUAUCUGUUGUGUUUGUUACUAGAAUCUCGGUCAUCAUCUUACCACAAGGUGAAUCUCGCAGUUUACAUUUACUCAGUCAUAGCAUACCCAAAAGAAACACUCACUUUCCCCCCCCCCCCCCCCCCCCCCCCCUCCUAUUCUCCAUUCUCAUCAAUUUUCUGCUGUUGUAUAGUUCACAGGGCUCGAAACAGCCUGUGGUCAGGUCACCAAGUGCGACCAAUGUCCUCUUUGGGCGACUUGAAUAUUAAAAAAAAUAGUCCAAAUAAUACUAUUAUUUGAGCGAUCUACUUUAAAUCUAUAGCAUAUGAGCCACUAUUAAUAUUUAUAUUGCAACUGUUUAUUCCACAUUAAAAUCUUGCUCGUGGUUUGUUGUUCUCUUACCAUAAUUUGCCAACAUUAAUUAUUUUGUGGGCCACCAUCCACCAUAUUUUUUGGCAAGUUUCGAGCCCUGGUUCAUGCAGUUGAGCAUUCCAUUUUAUCUUAUUACAGUCAUGUUAACUUUUGUUAACUAUCAUUCCAUUGGUUUCUUAACUGUCAUUCCAUUGUUAUCUUAACUGUCAUUCCAUUGGUCAUCUGUGAAGAACAUUUAAGUCAUUUUAGUGGUUAUUCAGAAUAUUACUGGAUUAUUUUACACACUGCCGUUUAGUUUUGCAUUUUUGCUAGGUAAAAGAAUACCAUUGCAAGGUUUGGGGGUUUUUCCCAGUCUAUGUUUACAGGUUUUUGUUUUU